CCUCGCUCAAGUCAAGCCAAUCCCCUCCACAGCCAUGGCCGCCGUCACCGCCGACUACAAGCUCUUUACGCCGCUGAAGCUGGGCGACGACCUCGAGCUCAAGAACCGCGUCGUGUUCGGCCCGCUGAGCCGCGGCCGCGCCAACGCCGACCGCGUGCCGUCCGCCGACAACGAGCUGUACUACGAGCAGCGCGCGGGCGCCGGCCUCAUCAUCUCGGAGGCCACCGCCAUCUCCGAGCAGGGCUACGGCUGGUACCACGCCGCGGCCUGCUACACGGACGCCCACGUGGAGGGCUGGAAGCGCGUGACCGAGCGCGUGCACAAGAAGGGCGGCAAGAUCUUCAUGCAGAUGUGGCACAUGGGUCGCCAGAGCCACUCGAGCUUCAACCCCAAGGGCGAGAUCGUGUCCGCGUCGGCGCUGCGUCUCGAGCGCGGCCACACGCGCAACGCCGACUACGUCGCGUCCGACUACGAGACGCCGCGUGCGCUGGAGACGGACGAGAUCCCUGGUGUCGUUGAGUCUUACCGCCACGGAGCUGAGUUGGCGCUCAAGGCCGGCUUUGACGGCGUCGAGCUCCACGGCGCCAACGGCUACCUCAUCGACCAGUUCCUGCAGUCCGUCACCAACAAGCGCACGGACAAGUACGGCGGCUCGUUUGAGAACCGCGCGCGUCUUCUGAUGGAGAUCGUGGAGGCCGUCAAGACGGUGGUGCCGGCGCACCGCAUCGGCGUGCGUCUCGCCCCCAACGGCGCCUUUGCCGGCAUGGGCAGCGAGGACAACUACGAGAUGUUCAAGUACACGAUGGAGCGUCUGAGCACGUACGGCCUCGGCUACCUGGCCAUCCUGGACGGCUUCGGCUUCGGCUUCACGGACAAGUGCCGUCACACCACCGCGUUCGACGCCAAGACGGCGUUCAAGGGCAUCGUCAUGGCUAACAACAACUACACGCGCGACCGCGCCGAGGGUGCCAUCCGCACGGGAGCUGCGGACCUGGUGGGCUUCGGACGUCUGUACAUCUCGAACCCCGACCUGGCCGAGCGCUUCCAGAACGACUGGCCGAUCGCCCCCGAGGCUGGCCACGAGGUGUACUAUAACUCGUCGCUGGGCGGACAGAGCUACAACGACUUCCCGGCGUACAAGCCUACGAACGGCAAGGACAACUAGACAGGAUGCUUAAAGUUGUAGCAGCUUUUAGCUGAUAAUAAACUGUUCGUGAUAACAA